AUGCACUUCUCAACUCUUUUCAUCUCCACCAUGAUAGCUGCUGCUGCUGCUGCUCCCAUCGCAUCAUCAGAGAAGCGCCAGCUUCUCAAUGACCUUUCACCCGACGUUGUUGAUCUCCUCAACCGCCUCGGUCUUGUUGGUCUCUCUCCACCAGUUGGAGGCAUCGUCAACACUCUCGGCUCAGGCUUGAAGAGGCGCCAGCUUGUGGCCGACCUAUCCCCAGAUGUUGUCGACCUUCUGAACCGUCUCGGUCUCGUUGGUCUAUCUCCACCAGUUGGCGGUAUCCUUGACACCAUCAGUGCCGAUGUUAAGAAGCGCCAGCUCGUGGCUGAUCUCUCUCCUGAUGUCGUCGACCUUCUGAACCGUCUCGGACUUGGUGGUCUUUCCCCACCUGUCGGUGGAAUCCUUGACACCAUCAGUGCCGAUGUUAAGAAGCGCCAGCUCGUGGCUGAUCUCUCUCCCGAUGUCGUUGACCUCCUCAACCGCCUUGGCCUCGGUGGCCUCUCACCUCCGGUCGGUGGGAUCCUCGACACCGUCAGUGCCGACGUCAAGAAGCGCCAGGAGCUUGUUGCAGACCUGUCGCCCGAUGUUGUUGACCUCCUCAACCGCCUCGGCCUUGGCGGCCUCUCUCCUCCCGUCGGCGGCAUCCUUGAUACCGUCAGCGCUGACGUUUAA